CACUACAUCUACAAAGUGAAAGUAACAAUAAACAAAACGCGCUGAUUGACAAUAUUUGACUGAACGGUGAACUGAGAUGGGAAUUUGUCUGCCUUGUUUAGGUGGACAGGCCGACGAUUAUGAUCAACCAAGCCCUGAGACAAGAAGAAGACAAAUGGCCGAAGCAGCUGAAAAAAGGAAAAGAGACGAUGAAGGGAGGGGAGUGAAAGAUCCAGAGGCAUUAAAGCGAAAGCAGCAGAGAAGGGAGGACAUAGAAAAGAAAGCAGAGCAGUCAGGAGGGGGAGGGGAAGGUGGAGGACUUAGGUGGCAAGUUAGCUAACACCUACACCAUCCCCAGGAUAUGGCAGCAUGUACAAGUAUAUUUGUAUUGGAAAGGAAACUUUUAAGUGAUAUUUAUAUGUUGUUUUCUGUAUAAUUCUGGAUAUAUAGAUACAAACAUUUAUUUAAGAACAGAGAACAAAACCACCUUAUUUAUCUCAGACAUUUUACUGUACUUUUAUUUGUUUUUUUUUGUCUUUUUUAAUGAUGUUUUUCUUUAAAUAAUAUUGUCAAAGAGUAUAAGACUGUAUGAAAAUAUUUUUGUGAAGUUAAGGAUGUAUGUCAACCCAGUAACUGCCUUUUUGAGCUGGUGCCUGAGAUGGUUUUCAUGUCAAAUUUAUUAAUAACAAUUUGUAGAUGGAUUGUGGCUUAACAUGCUCAUUAAUAUCAUAUACCUUUCAUUUAUGUUGUGUUGUGUUUAACAAUAAAAAACUUUUACUACA